AUGGCUCGCUCUCUCGGUAAGGUGCAGAAGCAAAUAUCUAAAAAGCGUGGAGGAAAGCCAAACAGCCUCCAUGAGAACAGUCGAGAUGCAAGGAAACUCAGAACAGCCGCUGCAAGAGAGGAGAAACUGUCCCGUAUGAUGGAUGCCGCUGUCAGGGCGAACCAGAUUUAUGUUGAAAGAGUGGCGUGGUUUAAAUCGGCGCUCCAGGGCUCGGCUGGAGCCUUGACUGACGAAGAGGUGCUUAUUUUAACGCAAAGCUUCAUUGACCGUGAAGAUGAACAGCUGGCCGAAGCGAAAUCACAGAGGAGACCCGGCAGACCGCCCACGAAGCUCGAGGAGCAGAUCCAAUUGCGAAAGGACGCAGAAGAGCGUGAAUUCCGCGCCGGCUUUUGGAUUCCCGAACUUCGCAAUGAGGAAAGUCGAGCCAAGGUCGAGAAAUGGGGAGGGGAAUGGGGCGGUCUAAACACUUUGGACUUCGUCCGGGUCGUGAAAUCCGGUACCAUCAAACCUUCAAGCUUUCCGCCCAAAGGCCUCUCUUGA